AUGUUGCCCAGGGAGCCGCUUCUGCCGGGCGAGUUAGCGCCGGACCGUGCUACAGGGCCAGCAGUCGAUACAGAUUACGACCAUACCCACGAGAACCACGGCCAUCACACUUCACACGCCGACCACCCGUCCUCGUCCUCUAUGCGCAGGUCGCACUCCGGGACGGGGCUCCUGGCGACGGCGGUGGCGGCGGCGGAGCGGACCUCGCGGUCUCCUUCGUCUUCAGCAAGGACUUAUGAUUCGAGAACAGCAGGCACUUCUUCGGGAGGCAUGAGAGCAAAGCUAGGUUUGGGUGGGAUUGCGCGGCGCACGCUGGGAAUCGCGCUGCUGCUUGUCGUGGUGUGCUUAUGGACCUUGUCGAAUUUCCUGGCUAGCGAUAUCUUCUCCGACGGCACAUACAGCAAGCCGUUCUUCCUCGUAUAUAUAAAUACGUCAUGUUUCGCCAUCUCGCUCAUUCCGAUUACAAUACGAUACAUUAUGAAGAACGGGGUGGAUUCCUUGAUGACUGCUGCGCUGGCAAUGUGGCGGGAACGCCGGCUUGGGAUGACCCCGCUCAAGUCUCAGGAGGACGACCAAGCUGGGGUUGAGGAUGACGCUGGGGAGAGGCUGCUGGUUGAUGAUCAGGGGAGCCUGGACGCGCUGGACUCGCCCUCGGGCAAGGAGGAGAAGCUUAGCGUGGGGGAAACGGCACGGCUGAGUCUCGAGUUCUCGAUGCUGUGGUUUGCGGCCAACUACUUCGCGUCGGCAUGCCUCGAGUACACGAGCGUGGGAAGCGUUACGAUUUUGACUUCGACUAGCAGCAUAUGGACGCUGAUAUUCUGCGCUAUUACCAAGGUCGAGGGCUUUACGGUGCGCAAGCUUAUCGGGGUGCUGGCGUCGCUGGCAGGGGUCAUACUGAUUUCGUCGGUCGACCUGUCCGGAGCGAGCGACGAUAACCGUGGCAACUUCCCGCACAAGUCGACGGCGCAGAUUGCCAUUGGAGACUCCAUGGCAUUCGUCAGUGCCAUUAUCUACGGCAUUUACGUGACAGUCAUGAAGAGGAGAGUGGGGAACGAGGAUAGGGUGGAUAUGCCGCUAUUCUUCGGGCUCGUGGGGCUGUUCAACGUGCUAUUUCUCUGGCCGGGCUUCUUCAUCCUACAUUUUACGGGCAUCGAGCCAUUCCAACUGCCACCGACAGGGAAGAUAUGGGCCAUCAUUCUGGUGAAUUCGGCGUCCUCCUUCCUCAGUGACAUCCUCUGGGCAUAUGCUAUGCUCCUCACGACACCCCUUGUUGUUACCGUUGGGCUUUCUCUGAACAUACCCCUGUCGCUCAUCGGUGAGAUGAUCCAAUACUCACAAUAUUCGAGCUGGGUAUACUGGGUGGGAGCGGGCAUCGUAUUUAUAUCAUUCCUUUUCAUCAAUCACGAAAGCAAGGAAGGCGACCACAACAACAAAGAUCGCCUCCCCGGGGACACCGGAGGGUCAGUAGUAUAG